GUGGGGGGGGGGAGCUGAGCCGGCCUCACCCCCCUCCACUAGGGAAGAUGGCCCAGACCCGGGGAGCCGCUCUCACACCCCGCCGCCCCCUCCCCUGAGCCAGGACACCCGGGGACGGCUCCUGCCCCACGCGGGCGCCACGCGGGGAUGGCUGUGCGGCCGCACAGGAAUGGCUCCGUGGUCUGGUGGCCGGACGCUCCCACGCUGGCGCCCGGGACCGCCAACACGAGUGGGCUGCCCGGGGUGCCGUGGGCGGCGGCCCUGGCUGGGGCGCUGCUGGCGCUCGCCACGGUGGGAGGCAACCUGCUGGUCAUCGUGGCCAUCGCCCGGACGCCGAGACUCCAGACCAUGACCAACGUGUUCGUGACCUCGCUGGCCGCGGCCGACUUGGUGGUGGGGCUCCUGGUCGUGCCCCCGGGGGCCACUUUGGCACUGACCGGCCACUGGCCCUUGGGCGCGACCGGCUGCGAGCUGUGGACGUCGGUGGACGUGCUGUGCGUGACCGCCAGCAUCGAGACCCUGUGCGCGCUGGCGGUGGACCGCUACCUGGCCGUCACCAACCCGCUGCGCUACGGCGCCCUGGUCACCAAGCGCCGCGCGCGGGCGGCCGUGGUCGUGGUGUGGAUCGUGUCGGCCGCGGUGUCGUUCGCGCCCAUCAUGAGCCAGUGGUGGCGCGUGGGGGCCGACGCCGAGGCGCAGCGGUGCCAUUCCAACCCGCGCUGCUGCUCCUUCGCCUCCAACGUGCCCUACGCGCUGCUCUCCUCCUCCGUGUCCUUCUACCUGCCGCUGCUCGUCAUGCUCUUCGUCUACGCGCGCGUGUUCAUCGUGGCCAAGCGGCAGCUGCGCCUGCUGCGCCGGGAGCGGGGCCGCUUCCCUCCCGGGGAGGCCCGGUCCGCCCCGUCCACGCCGGCCGCCCCGCCGCGCUCCCCGGCCCUCCCCGCGGCGGCGUGCGCCUCGCCCGGGCCCGGGCGGCCCUGCGCCCGCCUGCCUCUCCGCGAGCACCGCGCCCUGCGCACCCUGGGGCUCAUCAUGGGCACCUUCACGCUCUGCUGGCUGCCCUUCUUCCUCGCCAACGUGCUGCGCGCCCUCGUGGGGCCCGCCGUGGUUCCCGACCCCGUGUUCCUCGCUCUGAACUGGCUGGGCUACGCCAACUCUGCCUUCAAUCCGCUCAUCUACUGCCGCAGCCCGGACUUCCGCAGCGCCUUCCGCCGACUCCUGUGCCGCUGCCGGCCCGAGGAGCCCCGCGCCGCCGCCGCCGCCGCUUCCCCCGGCCGGGACCCCUCGCGCGCCCCUGCGGCCCCGGCCCGG